AUGAAGUUCAUCACUCUUGUGACAGCCACGGCCAUGGCGUCUAUCGCCCAGGCAUCGAUGAUGCUGCUGCCCGCCGAAUUCAACUCCAUUAUUGGGAUCGAACGUCGCCAAGCUUCUGGUGCAUCCUACGAAUGCCAUGCGGACUGUGGCUAUACCAUCAUCGGGGCGAGAACUGAUGGCUAUUGUGACAACUCCACCUGGACUGACCUGCUCGACGAUUGCCUUGACUGCGCACUCGUGUACGAUAUCUGGAAGGACUAUGGUGAUAGCGUAACUGCUGCCGCGAAAGGAUGCGGCUUGGAUGCCACCCCUAAAGCGGCCAAUUCGACUGCGACUGCGUCUUCUGGCAGCACGACCGUGCCUUCCACUAGUACCUCGUCUCCUACGACCACGGAGUCAAGUGCCCCAUCCGGAACCCAGUCAGGCGCUACGACCUCAACAACCGAACCUAGCAGCGCCUCUGGAAGAUUCCUCAAAGAGUGCCUAGCCUUACUUACAGUUGCAAUGCUUGGAUGGGGGCUCAGCUGGAUGUGA